AUUCAGUCACUAGGUAGAGCCAGAACCACCAGGGGUACCGGGUACAGGUGUCGCUCAUCACCAAUCAUCUCUGGAGCUUUAUAUGGAGAUGCAGCCUGUACUUCACUCCCUGAGAUAAAACUAAAACAGUUGUAUUUAGUAGAAAGGAGGUUGAACAAAUUGAUUUAAAAAUGUAUGGAGAAAAAAUUGAAAAAGCCUCCUGAGACCCUGACUCCAAGUGCUGGCAAAAAUCUCCGCUUUCACCCAAGAUUCUCUGCCACACUAACUAUGUCUUUGGACCAAGGUCAGCUGGCUGCCUCCAAGCUCUGGAUCACUCCACACCAGGAACGAACCAGCCCACGCUCCACCGUGAGUCCAAGGAUCAACUCUCUCUGUGCUCUGACUACCACGUCUUGUUAAGGCCCGUAGGAGGGAUCUUGGACCUGUGUAUUCCUCUCCUGCUCAGACUCCGGAACCAGGACUCCUGGGAACACCUACUUCCUCGGUUCCACGUCAUUCCUUCCUCCAGAGGCUUCCACCCCCUCAAACCUGAUACAACAGAAAUGGCAGGACCCGGCAAAGCAGUUCACACCAAACAAAAAUCCAUUCUAGAACCGACAGAUGAGAAGCAGCUUCCAAAGAGCACAAACUGUCUGACAUGCACAGAGGACGGCAGAUUUCUAGGUCUGGGUCACACCCUGGGCCUGUCGGUGUGGUGUGCUUCUUCUUUCACCCGUGUUGCAAAAUGGCUUCAACCACAGCUGGAAAUUACCUUCAUUCAGAUGACCAGAAUGGCUGAGAUGACCUAUCUGCUUGGGACCAUCGAUGAUAUGGGUGUUUCCAGAGUGUUUGGACUUCACUCUGAUGUCAUUCAUCUUCUCAGUGUUAUCAACACCAUGCAGGAGGAUAUCAAUGUAAGGAGCAUUUUUGUGACAUUUGACCUACAUGAAAGUGGGCAUUAUGGAGCAGCAUCAGUAAGCUGCAAUGGUGCAGUGUGGCUAGAGAUCUAUCAGUUUCCUGUAGAAGCAUGGCUGAGAGAGGUAGAGAUGGUGUCAGCACAACAAAAGGAUGGAAACUUAUCUGGAGGAUCAGAUGUGAAAUGGUCUCUAGUUACACUGCUGAUGAAAAUCUCUCCCCCUACUGUUCCAACCGGAAAAGCAUCAGACUUUUUGACACACUGUAUGGCUCUUGAUAUAAUCCAAAGCAGCAGUCAUCAGAAGGAACAAUCCUCAUUCAGUUCAGAUGCUGGAAAAACAAAGAUGACUCAUGGAAAACCAAGGAGUGGCACUCAGCACUUUCUCCUGCCCUGUGAUUGGUCAACUGGUGACAGUAAAGCAAGACCAGCAGGACUGCCUGUGGCUGUUGCUGUGUGGUGGAGCGGAUCCCAUAAUCUCCUUCAAUAUUUGCUGCAAAAAGCUUCAAGCACCAAACCAGAUGUGACAUCCUUGCCUGAAAUGUUGUGGCCAAAUGCAAAGGAAAUCCUCUGCUCAGCUGUCAGCAGAUGCACUUGUUACAUAGCUCUUGGGCUUGAGGAUGCUUUGGUGUGUAUCUGGGACAGACGAUCUGGAGCCCCACUCUCCAGCGUUCUGUUACCAGAAGAAACCAGUGCCCUCUCCAGGAUACAGUUUGUGGAUAACUGGUCUGCGUCUGCUCAGGAUUGCCAAAUUGUGGCUGCAAAACCAGUCAGUGUGUUGGUGUUGUAUAAGAAUGGAGCAAUUUAUACAGUGACUGCAGGACAAGGCAUGCAGUCCUGCACCAUGCUGCUCACUGAAAGGCCAAAAGACAGUAGGGAUCUCCCGACUUUUACUAAGACCGUGCCUUUCCUGCAGGAUGUGUGGCUUGUGGUGCAAAGAAGUGGAAAAAUAAUCCUGAAAGAUGUCCUCAACAGUGCCACUGUGUGCCACCUGACCCUUCCAACAUCCUAUCAAAUCGCUUCCCCCUAUAACCCUGUUUACGCACUAAAUGCCAAACAGCAAGUGCUGUUCAUACGAGGUGACCGGAAAACCAGCUGCAAUGAUUUGUUAAAGAAGAGAAGCCAGAGUCAGCUCUUUGUUUUCCAGUUUGAUCAAUCUGACAUCAUCAAGCCUCACAUUGUUUCUCAUCUAGACCCUCCCAGACAACAAACAACACUCUGUCAUGGCAGCAUGGAGGAAAUCUGCAACCUCUGCCUUGAGCAAAGAAUGCAUUCUGUGGAUGAAAGGAACAAAGCUCUUGUGCAAACAUGGGGAAAGCUGCAGGAAACUGCAGUGAGGAUGCGGCAAACGCCAUAGAGCAACAGACAUCUGAAGAACUACAACAAAUGAGCUACUAUUAGGAUAUGGGAUAUAUUUUUAUUUUUUUAUGUUCACAACACUUGUUUCAACUAAAUAUCAGUUACUCUGAAUCAGUCAUAGUGAAUACAUUUCAUUUGCAAUUAUUAACAAGUUACAAUUUACAAAACACUGUUUAUUUUAAUAACCCUUUCUUUAAGAAUAAAACAGUUGAGUCAUCUUUUCAUGUUAAA